CACUCAUAAGGCGCAUGCUGCUAAUACUUGUAAUAGUUGUAACACUGGGGUGAAAAAAAAAAGUUGUAAUAAUUGUUCGGCAGUAAAGUAUCAAGAUAACCAAGAAGAAACAAUAGCCGUCUAUAUAAAAAAUGACCCAUCUAUCACGAGCACUAAUAACUUUAGCAAAAGACAACGUCGUCGACAGUGCUGUUUGUGUUUUUUCCAUAGCAACGCAACAUCCAGGACCAUUGUAUUUUUUAUAUUCUCUAUGUUUGUGCUGGGAGCCAUUACCGCAUUUUUUUGUUGGCCACGUACACCAAGAAUUUCGAUGGGUGGGGGAGCAACCUCACUGAAUGGUAUGCCCCCGGAUUGGUGGGCAGGAGAAAGAUUUCCAAUAGAAGCACAAGAUAACACAAUUUUACCAUCCAGACCUUCUUUAAGAGGUACAUGGCAAAUCAACGUGACAUUAGAUAAUAGAGAUAACUGGAUUCCAACACAUAUUCGUAGUCUAGAAUUUGUGUUACUAGACAGCUUGACGUUAGCCAAAUUUGCUUGGGCAUCUUCCUCUGCAAUGGUAUUACAGCCAAAAACCAUUUCUCCACUUAGUUUGACCUUUAAUGUCAACUAUCAAGCUCCUGAUAAUACAGAUCCUACAUUUCAAAAUUUGUAUGCUUCCUGUGGUCCAUUAAAGAGCCCCGAUAGUCGAAGACCAGCAUUGAAUGUAUUAUUAAAGGUUUACAUCCGCCUGUAUGGAAUCAUUUGGACUCCGAUUGUAAGUUCGACGCCUUACACUGGAGGGCUACUUUGUCCAAUGAAGUAG